AUGAAAGAGACCRAAGUGUUGCUGGAUGUCAUUUCGGGACCACAGGAGGAAAAUGCUGGGCGGAAGAGUCUAAAAACGAACCCCGAGGCGCAGGAAAAGAGAACAGCCAUGAGGRGGACCAAACAGAUCAACAUCAAGCGGGCCCUCGCCCUCGCCGGCACCUUCCACUUCCUGUGCUCCUGUGCCGAAGCCUGCCUGCUGCCCUUCCUCACCCUCUACCUGCGGCAGCUGGGCCUGUGUCCGGCGACGACGGGCAUCGUCAUGGGCACCAAACACCUGGUGGCGCUGGUGUGGAGGCCCGCGGCCAGCCUGCUGUCCAAACACUACAACAAGAGGCGAGCGGCCAUAAACGGCUCUCUGGUGUUUUCGGCCGUGGCCGCCCUCCUCCUGCUGGUGCUCCCUCCUGCGGGGGCUCCCGGUGCCCUCGCCGGCUCCUGUAACGCUUCAAACGCCAGUUCUGCUCCGACCCAAAGUCUUCACGCUACGUCUAACAGUACCAGUUUAGGUCCACGACUUCUGACCACCUCUGCUUCCAGCAGCUCCGCUGACGUGACACCGAGACCUGAGACGACAAACGUGUCUUCAUCUGAUCACGAGGGAACGUCCCACCCUCAGCUGCCAACAGAAAACACUUCAGUGGUUCUCAGCAGCCGUGAAGAUGUGAAAACUGUGAAUUUUACUGUCGGUUCUUUGGUGUCUCAUGUGCGACCCAACAGGUCUGUUCUGGAACAGCCAGAGGAGGCGGAGGCGAGCAGGUUUGAGUUUCUGAGCAGCCUGAAGGAGAUGGACUCUCAGAGCCAGCUCUUCUUCCUCCUCCUCCUCAUGGUGUCGGUGUGGGCGCUGGCAUCAGCUCCUCUGGAGUGGACUGUGGACGACGGGCUCUACGAGUAUUUGGACUUGGCGGACGCCUCGGACCACUACAGCAGCACAGAGGUGUGGGGUCUCCUGGGAGCUGCGUGUGGGGGCGGGGCGACGGGGCUGCUGGUCAGCCGCCUCAGCUGCUUCAUCGCUGCGGCCACGCCCAGGACGGUGGUGCACUUCUACUGCUACGCCAGCCUGCUGGCUGCGGCCGUGCCCCUGGCCGUCUCCCUCCCCCUCCACCUGGAUAAGAAGCGGGACCGGGCCAGCGGGCUGCCCAAGGCCCUGCAGCUGGUGCAYGGAUCCCCCCGCGCCCUGCUCUGCGCCGUCACCGUCUUCCUCGCCGGGGCCGCCAGCUCGGCCGUGGAGAACUUCCUGUUCUGGCAGAUGCAGGACCACGGCAGCAACGAGCUGCACAUGGGGGCGUGUCUCGCCCUGGCGUCGCUCUCGCAGGCCGCCUUUCCACUACUGUCCACCAGGGUCUCCAAGCUCCUCAGCCCGGCGAGGGCGCUGGCUGCGGGGGUGGCGAGUCUCGGGCUGCAGUGCUUCUACUACUCCUUCCUGUGGGGACCCUGGGCCGCCCUGCCCGCCCAGGUGCUCGGCUCGUUCAGCGGCGGCGCCCUCUGGUGGGCCGUGAGGCUCCAGUGCGAGAACGUGGCCACGCCGGGGGCCGAGAGGAGCGUGAAGAGGGUGUUCACCUCGCUGUCGCUGCUCCUGGGAGCGGGGCUGGGCAGCAUCGCUGGCGGGUUCGUGGCGCGGAGGUUCGGCGUGACGUGGCUKUUCAGAGGCGUGGCGCUGGGGCUGGCGGCGUGGUGCAUCUGUUUGCCUCUGCUGCAGUGGAAAGCCCCCCGCCAGCGCAGGAUCAACUACUCCCGCCUGCUAGCAGCUGACGCCAGCGAGGCCAGCGACUCGGAGUCGGAGCAGGAGAGGGACUGGCUGGAGAAAGCCAUGGAAGACGACAGAGGAAACAAUAAUUUCGAACGCAGGAAAAACUUUUUGUAGCAGGUGUGGAAGGCUCCGACAAACCAUCAGCAUUUCUUUAAUAAAUUCACUGUUUAUUGUGACGUAGCACUUGGUCCCAGACCAAACUUUGUGCUGUUAUAGUGUGGACUGGGAAGCCUGCAGGAUUGUGUAUUUGCCUAAAGCCACUGGUUAAGCUGAGUUUGGUACAGACUCCUCCAGCAGCUCAGACUGAAUCCUCCUGGACGCUGCGUAAACACAAGACGUGUGCAGAAGGUCAGGCCAGACUGGACUGACAUCCUGAUGCACCACACCUACAGUCGACUCAUUCCUCUCCUUUACUUUGGACUCUAAACUGUGAACUGGUGACACGCUACAUUUGGUGCACUACAGAUAAAGCUAGCUGGUAUAUGUGUUGUCCAACCUGUUUUUCAGAUGGAGUUUGUAUUUAAAGCUCGAUGUCAGAUGACUUAAUCUGUCCUGGCAGCUGACAGAGUCAGAGUUAGUCAACAGGUUCCUCUGCACACGGCUGUAAAAAGUCUGCAUCUCAAUAUUUGGGAUCACAUUUAGCACUAAAACUACAAAUAAAAACUGUAUGACAUUAGCUGUGAUCGUGGAUGGAAAUCAAGGAAAUUAAGCUUCGUAUUUAUACAGAUUGUUUCCUCCUCCGAUGGGUUUUAUUUCACAAACUAAGAGACUGAGCAUUUCCCUUUAAUCUGAUGUGUAGCUGCAUAUCUGAGCAAUAAACUUAACCUGCAAAAAAUAUA